AUGCUAAAUCAUGGAGACGGUAGUACUGCAGCUCUGGAUGUGCUUACCUCCUCCACAGAUCUCACCAGAAAUGUGGUUUUGACAGAUCAGCAACAGGUGUUGCUGAGUGGAAUGCUGGUACCAGGAGUGACAGGAAACCAGGCGAUUCACAUCAACAUGACGCGUGAUGGAAGUAGUGGCAUGGAGGUGGAUGAAACAUCACAAGAUGAACAGGUAUUUGAACUCUGUCCAGUCAUAAGUAGGUCAAAUACAAUUUUCCAGAUGCAUACCGUCAAUAAUCUUUAAGACAGUAAGCGAUGUUUCCGCAACAUUAGGUUGGUCAGUUAGUAUGCUGUAUCUCUGAGGCAUGCAUUUCAACUAAUCCACCCUCCAGCUGACUGGUGAAAAUUGACUUUGUCUGUAAGUAAACUUUUUCCUUUAAAAAUUUCAUGGUUACUUGAAUCAAGGUUUUAAGAUAUUAAUAUGGAAGUCGUGGGAUUUCAGAAAUAAGUAUGUUGAGUUUCCGUUUAUCCUUGUUGGUUAUUGUAAAAUGUUGAGUUCUGCUGCUAAUUUGGUGCUGGUGAAACUCAAAAUCUUCUUAUUAUUAAAAGCAAAUAUGUUACAAAGAAAUGAGAGUUUCUUGGUAGACCAGUGCAUUGUUCGUUUGAUCUUGAGGACCUUUUGGGUUUGGUAUGACUUACUCAUGAACCGUAGCUUCAAUGAGUUAACCAUAUUAACCAGUUUAAUAGGCCGUCUUAGGGUGGGUAUGCUUUCCUAUUUUGAUUUUCAAAACCAGUCAUUUCUUGCAUUGAGGAGGAAGCCAUGUCCCUGUUGGCAUUGUACAAUUUAUUAUUGUUUGUGCACUUUUAGGCAUAAUUUCAACCCCUCAUUGUGUUGUUUGUCGCCAUUUAAUUUGUCUCAUGUUGCCAUUUCAAGGCCAUGUUGCUUGUCGAAAUUUUACCUGGGAAGGGCCUCAUUAGAGUCUCUAGCCAGAUCCUGGACAGAAUUAUGUCAUUGGUAUGGUUAUUUAUGGGACCAAAAUGCAAAUGUCUCCCUAUUGUGAAAUGUCCCCAGUGGCAGAGAGCGGGUGACAAGUCAGGCUGUAUUCACAGGCUAGUCCAAGUUUUUGUAUUUUCUUCAUUAUAACUCAUAAACAAGGUUCUCUGUAGACAAAAUCAGAUAUACGUGUUAGACAUGCAGUAUGGUGCAGUAUUGCACAGUCACUAAUAAAAGAUAACAAUAUUAUUGCGGUAAUUUGCAUCAACAGGAGGAUGAGGAACAGUGUNUUUUGACAGAUCAGCAACAGGUGUUGCUGAGUGGAAUGCUGGUACCAGGAGUGACAGGAAACCAGGCGAUUCACAUCAACAUGACGCGUGAUGGAAGUAGUGGCAUGGAGGUGGAUGAAACAUCACAAGAUGAACAGGUAUUUGAACUCUGUCCAGUCAUAAGUAGGUCAAAUACAAUUUUCCAGAUGCAUACCGUCAAUAAUCUUUAAGACAGUAAGCGAUGUUUCCGCAACAUUAGGUUGGUCAGUUAGUAUGCUGUAUCUCUGAGGCAUGCAUUUCAACUAAUCCACCCUCCAGCUGACUGGUGAAAAUUGACUUUGUCUGUAAGUAAACUUUUUCCUUUAAAAAUUUCAUGGUUACUUGAAUCAAGGUUUUAAGAUAUUAAUAUGGAAGUCGUGGGAUUUCAGAAAUAAGUAUGUUGAGUUUCCGUUUAUCCUUGUUGGUUAUUGUAAAAUGUUGAGUUCUGCUGCUAAUUUGGUGCUGGUGAAACUCAAAAUCUUCUUAUUAUUAAAAGCAAAUAUGUUACAAAGAAAUGAGAGUUUCUUGGUAGACCAGUGCAUUGUUCGUUUGAUCUUGAGGACCUUUUGGGUUUGGUAUGACUUACUCAUGAACCGUAGCUUCAAUGAGUUAACCAUAUUAACCAGUUUAAUAGGCCGUCUUAGGGUGGGUAUGCUUUCCUAUUUUGAUUUUCAAAACCAGUCAUUUCUUGCAUUGAGGAGGAAGCCAUGUCCCUGUUGGCAUUGUACAAUUUAUUAUUGUUUGUGCACUUUUAGGCAUAAUUUCAACCCCUCAUUGUGUUGUUUGUCGCCAUUUAAUUUGUCUCAUGUUGCCAUUUCAAGGCCAUGUUGCUUGUCGAAAUUUUACCUGGGAAGGGCCUCAUUAGAGUCUCUAGCCAGAUCCUGGACAGAAUUAUGUCAUUGGUAUGGUUAUUUAUGGGACCAAAAUGCAAAUGUCUCCCUAUUGUGAAAUGUCCCCAGUGGCAGAGAGCGGGUGACAAGUCAGGCUGUAUUCACAGGCUAGUCCAAGUUUUUGUAUUUUCUUCAUUAUAACUCAUAAACAAGGUUCUCUGUAGACAAAAUCAGAUAUACGUGUUAGACAUGCAGUAUGGUGCAGUAUUGCACAGUCACUAAUAAAAGAUAACAAUAUUAUUGCGGUAAUUUGCAUCAACAGGAGGAUGAGGAACAGUGUAGUGAUGGCAAACGUCAUGUGUGCCCACACCCUGACUGUAAUGUAGUGUGUUCCAAAGCAUCUAAAUUGAAGCUUCAUAUGCUAGUGCAUACAGGGGAAAGACCCAUCAAGGUAUCUAAGAAAUUAAAAAAAAAUUAAAGAAGAGUCUCCCAUUGUGUAGUCUCCCUCGCAGCCCUUUUUUGGAUGUCACGCAAUGCUUCCCCUUGUGUGACAUCCAAAAAAUGGCUGCAAGGGAGACUAUCUAUUGUGAGAUUUGUAAAAUUUUCAUUUGUGAGAGUCAAUGAAAAGCAAAUUAUAACUUGGGAAAGUGCUUCUAAAGACCUUCCAUGUGAAUUGUCUCAAAGUUCAAUAAUGUCAAAUACACACACUGUAUGCAUUUUGUUAUACAACAGCUUCCCCCAGACUGGUUUUAUCAAACCAUAUGGUUUUGUCAUUGUUUGUGUUUUUUUCAUCAAAGCACAGAUAAUUAAGCAGUUAACCAUAGCAUAAGCACUGAGUAGUUCCUUGGAAGUAAGUGACCUGAACCCUGACUUGAAGUCAAGCCAUCUUUUUAGCAUCAGAAAACAGUACAGUUAAAAAAUGCCUUGGAAAGAAUGGUAGCUAUUUUUGAAUGGUGACAUAUUUUAAUAGUCAGAGAUCCAGCCCUUGGGGAAAGCUCAGGAGUGGUAGGGGGGGGGGGUACUUCUUAGUAGUACACUAAUGGGAGUGUGCCGCUGGAUGGGGUCACUAAAAUGGGAUUGCUAAAAUUACUUUUUUCCCAAAGUGACUAAUAUGGGGCCUAUAAUAAUAUGGCCACAGAAUAGACUAAUGGGGUCAGGGUUCUAAGAGGCCAGCGGCACAUACUCAGCAAAAAUUAGCCCAAGUAGCCACGAGGGGUGGGGGAGGUGGAGAUGGGGGGCUGCACUCAUCAAGACCAUGUGAUGAGGGGGAGGGCAGUCUCCAUUUUUUUCCCCAGGAAGGGAAAAAAAAGGGGGGUUGGGUCCUUCCCUAGAUCUGCCACCACUUCAUACGAUGUCACCUGCAAAAUCAAAGGUUCAAGCCAUGUUACACAUCAUAACAAAUGGUCACCCAGUUGGAUUUCGUCAUGAGAUUAAUGCCUUUUUUAUUGAUUUCAGUGUCCUCAAGAAGGGUGUGAAUGGGCAUUCACAACGUCAUACAAAAGGAAGAGGCACGUUCGAGGUCACACUGGAGAGAAGCCAUUUCUGGUAGGUUUUUUACACAGCCUUAUUUGGGUUUAACAGAUCGACAUGCCAUGUUCAAUUUUCAAGUACCAAGGGUAAAUGUAGUAUAUACUGUCUUGACCUCUACUUCUGUUGUUGUGGACAGGUAGGUGGGAACCAAGGAAAAGAAGGGAAGGAUUUAGUCUAGACGAAGUCUAGCCUGUGUCAGGCUCUGAGAUAGUUGGGAUGUUGCAAAAUUAUAACAAGCCAAGCAAAAAUAUGAUGUGUGCAAUCUGAGGAAGGGGAAAGUGGCUCUCUCUUUCCCCAGUCCUUAAGCAUUUUUACUGCAAAACAUCGCAUUACUAUCUUGGAGCCUGGAAGAGGCUUCCUGAAGCCUGAAGAGUUAAUCAGGGUGCAAAGAAAGUCAGUUUUACAGCCUGCCAUUCGGGCGAGCUCUAGUUAGCAUGUACUAGCCCACAAGCCAUUUCAACUAGCCCCGAAACCCUUUUUUAUUAGCAGGAUUGAUUACAAUCCUUUUGUAAUUUGAAUUUCCCCAAAAAACAGCACUUGCCCGUCAGGCAAGUUAAGAACACAUAUCACUAGCCCAAUAGCAAAAUCCACUAGCCCCAGGCUAUCAGACACGACUUUCUUUGCAUGCUGUCAAGAGAGUUGAUUAUCUUUUAAAAGCUUGGAUUUGAUGUGUAGGAUAUAAAAAUGUUGCAAAUUGGAUGACUGGUGGACUCUUUUAUUUAACAGUGCACCCAUGAAGGAUGUGGCAAGUGUUUCACCACCGCUUACAACUUGAAGACACGUGUCAGAGCCCACUACAGAACAGACACCCACAUGUGCAGGUACGAAGGCUGUGACAAGACAUUUGCUACAGCCCACAACCUAAAAGUUCAUGAAAGAAGACAUCAAACAGAGAACAAGCCAUAUAAAUGCGAAAUGGAGGGGUGCGGUAAGGUGUUCUCUGCCAAUGGGACUUUAACAGCCCACAUGAAGAUUCACAGUGGAGAAAGACCACAUGCAUGUCCUGUAGAUGGAUGUGAGAAAAGGUUUACAAUUAGGCAUCGAAGUUAAAGCUGCAAUUGAGGUCACAUACGGGUGAAAGGCCAUUUCACUGUGAAGUACAG